GGGGGACCGGGCGGCGGGCGCCAGGGGCCGGAGGACGCCCGGCUGUGGGAGGCGGCUCCGCAGUGCCCAGGCAAAGCAAACCAAAGCUGCUUCUCCUCUGCUGCUGCUCUCGUUUGGGAUUUGAUUUGCAUCAUCUCUGAGCCCAUUAAAAGAAAUAAAUAAGAGAAGAGGAGUGAAAAAAAGACGAAAAAAAAAAAAGGGCAAACCAAACCCACACAAAACAUGUGCGGAAGGACUUCCACUCCCUGGCUGUGCUAUUGAGGAUCAGGAAGAGCCUUUGGGGGCUGCAGGAUCUCGCUAGGCUGAUGCUGCUGCUCAAGGAUUUGGUGCAGGGAGACAAAACUGCUGCCUCUUCCAUCCGCUGAUCUCAACAUCUGCAUUUUCCUGCUGCUGUGCUCCCUCUCACACCCUCUCUCCAUGGACUGAUUUUUUGAUUUUUUUUUUUUCCCUAUUUGCGGGGGGGGGGGAGGGAAGGACGAGCGGAGAGCCAAGGCAUCGUGCUGAGAGGAGCAAAAAUUGCCUUUUUAUAUCUCGUGUUCUGGUGGAUCCCUUUCGAGGUUAUUCAGCUUUUUGGAAAAGAAAACAUGACGUCGCCAGCAAAAUUCAAAAAGGAUAAGGAGAUCAUAGCUGAAUAUGACACUCAAGUUAAAGAGAUCCGUGCCCAAUUGGUAGAGCAGCUGAAAUGCCUUGACCAGCAGUGUGAGCUUCGGGUCCAGUUACUGCAGGACUUGCAGGAUUUCUUCCGCAAGAAGGCAGAGAUUGAGAUGGAUUACUCCAGGAAUUUGGAGAAGUUGGCUGAAAGAUUCCUGGCUAAAACUAGGAGCACCAAAGACCAGCAAUUCAAGAAGGAUCAGAACGUGCUGUCGCCAGUGAACUGCUGGAACCUGCUGCUCAACCAGGUGAAGAGGGAGAGCAGGGACCACACCACCCUCAGUGACAUUUAUCUCAACAACAUCAUCCCACGCUUUGUCCAGGUCAGCGAGGACUCAGGACGCCUCUUCAAGAAGAGCAAGGAAGUGGGACUGCAGCUCCAGGAGGACUUGAUGAAGGUCUUGAAUGAACUCUACACGGUGAUGAAAACCUACCACAUGUACAACGCUGACAGCAUCAGUGCCCAGAGCAAGCUGAAGGAGGCAGAGAAGCAGGAGGAGAAGCAGAUUGGGAAGUCGGUGAAGCAGGAGGACAAGCAGACCCCACGCUCCCCUGACUCCACCUCCAACGUCAAGUUUGAGGAGAAGCACGUCCGGAGAAGCUCUGUCAAAAAAAUCGAGAAGAUGAAGGAGAAGCGCCAAGCAAAGUACACAGAGAACAGACUGAAGGCAAUCAAGGCGAGGAAUGAGUAUCUGCUGGCCCUGGAAGCCACCAAUGCCUCGGUGUUCAAGUACUACAUCCACGACCUGUCUGAUCUCAUUGAUCAGUGCUGUGACCUGGGCUACCACGCCAGCCUCAACAGAGCCCUGAGGACGUUCCUGUCGGCCGAGCUCAACCUGGAGCAGUCCAAGCACGAGGGGCUGGACGCCAUCGAGAACGCCGUGGAGAACCUGGACGCCAACAGCGACAAGCAGAGGCUGAUGGAGAUGUACAACAACGUCUUCUGCCCCCCCAUGAAGUUUGAGUUCCAGCCACACAUGGGGGACAUGGAGUCUCAGCUCUGUGCCCAGCAGCCAGUCCAGAGCGAGUUGGUGCAGAGGUGUCAGCAGCUGCAGUCCCGGCUGUCGACGCUGAAGAUUGAAAAUGAAGAGGUUAAGAAGACGAUGGAGGCCACGCUGCAGACGAUCCAGGACAUUGUCACCAUAGAGGACUUUGAUGUCUCUGACUGCUUCCAGUACAGCAACUCCAUGGAGUCGGUGAAAUCCACGGUGUCGGAAACGUUCAUGAGCAAACCCAGCAUUGCCAAGAGGAGGGCAAACCAGCAGGAGACUGAGCAGUUCUACUUCACAAAAAUGAAGGAGUACCUGGAAGGCAGGAACCUGAUCACGAAGCUCCAGGCCAAGCACGACCUCCUUCAGAAGACCCUGGGAGAAAGUCAGCGGACGGACUGCGCCCUGGCCAGUGGCAGGCGCAGCUCCACCGUGAGGAAGCAGGAUUCCUCCCAAGCCAUUCCUCUGGUGGUGGAGAGCUGCAUCCGCUUCAUCAGCAGGCACGGUCUGCAGCACGAAGGAAUAUUCAGAGUGUCUGGGUCACAGGUUGAAGUCAACGACAUCAAAAACGCAUUUGAGAGAGGGGAAGAUCCCUUGGCUGGGGACCAGAACGACCACGACAUGGAUUCCAUAGCAGGAGUCCUCAAGCUCUAUUUCCGAGGCUUGGAGCACCCCCUCUUCCCCAAGGACAUCUUCCAUGACCUGAUUGCCUGUGUCACCAUGGAUAAUUUGCAGGAGCGAGCGCUGCACAUCCGGAAGGUGCUGCUGAACCUGCCCAAGACCACCCUGAUUGUCAUGAGAUACCUCUUUGCAUUCCUCAAUCAUUUAUCUCAGUUCAGUGAGGAGAACAUGAUGGAUCCCUACAAUCUGGCCAUCUGCUUUGGGCCCACGCUGAUGUCUGUGCCCGAGGGUCACGACCAGGUCUCGUGCCAGGCUCACGUCAAUGAACUGAUCAAAACCAUCAUCAUCCAACAUGAGAACAUCUUCCCAGGACCCAGGGAGCUGGAGGGCCCGGUCUACAGCAGAGGUGGAAACACAGAGGAUUACUGUGAGAGCCCUCACGGAGAGAGAGCCCUGGCAGAGGAUUCGGUGCAGGACGUCACAGCCGAGCACCACACCAGUGACGAUGAGAGCGAGCCCAUCGAGGCCAUAGCCAAGUUUGACUACCUGGGCAGGACUGCACGGGAGCUGUCCUUCAAGAAAGGCGCGUCUCUGCUGCUGUACCAGCGCGCCUCGGACGACUGGUGGGAGGGACGGCACAACGGCAUCGACGGCCUCAUCCCUCAUCAGUACAUCGUGGUGCAGGACACCGAGGAUGGGAUGUCGGAAAGGUCCAGUCCGAAGUCGGAAAUAGAAAUAAAUUCUGAGCCACCGGAGGAGAAAGUGACGGCCAGAGCCGGUGCCAGCUGCCCGAGCGGGGGCCACGUCGCGGAUAUUUACCUUGCAAACAUCAACAAGCAAAGAAAGAAACCAGAGUCAGGCAGCAUCAGAAGAGCGUUCCGUCAAAGUGACAGCCACGGCCUAGGUAGUUCCCUGGCAGAACCAGCCUCCCCCGGAGCCAUAGCCGGUUCCAGGCCCUCAUCUCAGCCCAUUAUGAGCCAAAGUCUUCCCAAGGAGGUUCCAGACAAAUGCUCCAUCAGUGGCCACGGCAGCCUCAAUUCCAUCAGCCGGCACUCGUCGCUGAAGAGCAGGAUGGACAGCCCGCAGAUCCGCAAGGCUGUCACGGCAGGGAGGUCCAAGAGCUUCAACAACCACCGGCCCAUGGACCCCGAGGUCAUUGCACAGGACAUUGAAGCCACCAUGAACUCGGCCCUGAACGAGCUGCGGGAGCUGGAGAGGCAGAGCAGCGUCAAGCACACGCCCGACGUCGUCCUCGACACCCUGGAGCCCCUGAAAACGUCCCCGGUGGUGGCCCCCACCUCGGAGCCCUCCAGCCCCCUGCACACCCAGCUGCUCAAGGACGCUGAGCCCCCGUUCCAGCGCAGUGCCAGCACGGCUGGGGACAUUCCCUGCACCUUCAGGCCCGUCAAGUCUGUUAAAAUGGCCACGCAGGUGAAGCCGCCGGCCACGCGGCCCAAGCCCGCCGUGUUCCCCAAAACCAGCGCCACCAGCCCCGGCGUGGCCUCCUCUGCGCCCCAGCAGCCCCCUGACAAGUCCUGUACUGUCUGAUCCACCCCCUGCUGCUCUCUGGGUACAACUCCUGCUGUUCCAGAUGAAGAGAACUCUGUCAAAGACAUUAAAAUUCCUGUUUAACGAACGCUUGGGCUGAAGGUGGGUCGUGAGCUGCUCCUGAGCGGCGACAGCCUCGUGCCACGUCCCCAGGACAGCUCCUGCCACGCUUGGGGAAUCCACAAUCCACGAUCCACUGUGAAGCUGAGCAGGAAAACACCAAGGGAUGAGCUGGAAUUUGGUUUCGAUGCCUUGUUCAAGUGUUCGGCCGCUGGAAGGAACAUUUGGUGGUGUCCUGUUUUUGGAUACUGGUGUAGUGACUUCUAUAUUCUGUGUUUCAUUUACCACAGGGAAACAAUAGGAUAGAUUUUAGUCUAUUGCAUGUUUUGGUGCCACUGGUUACGUGGAGCUUGGACAUGCCUGUUUCUUGUGCAUUAUUAUUAUUAUAAUUAUAAUUAUUAUUAUUAUUAUUCCCUCGCCCGCUGGUGCCACGGUGGUUAAGGGUCUGUCUCGACUUCCAUCACAUCCUCUGGUUUUGUUUGUUUGCUCCCCAUUCCUCCCCCUCAGGGCCAAAGCCUUUGGCCAUCCAGCCUCAUGCUUUAGUUGUCAUGGAAAAAACAGUUUACUCUGGAACACUCGUAGAUUUUGUGGAGUUCUACGUAAGAUGUGUCUGUGCAAAUAUAAACAAACACGUUCCUGAGGGCUGGGAGCACAAGAAAGAGCCCAGUUGUUGCUUAUGGACAAUCCUCACUGGUUUCCCCCUUUGCUCUCCCAUAUUUAAAAGCAGUUUUUUCGUUUCCAGUGUCACUUUCAGCCCGUGGGCUCUGACGCGCUGUUUGCUCCCGGGAGACUGAAUGUA